CCAAUGCAAUGCGCUGUUGCACGGAUUUCCCGGCAUGCUGCGCUCUGUCAUGGAGGCUGUGCUGUGUGUGUGCUGUCCAAGCCGAGCUCGGUGAGGGUCAGGGACUCCAAUGUUCCCGCGGCAUCUACAGAGUGUGGGCAGCAGAUAUUUUGCCCAUGCUGGGCACUCCCGGGUCUCGUGUGUAAAUAGAGACUUUCCUAGAUGUCCAUGGUGGACUACAUCAUAUCCUCAGUAUCCUACAUCAUAUACUCAGUAUACUACAUCAUAUCCUCAGUAUCCUACAUCAUAUCCUCAGACUCCUACAUAUUAUCCUCAGAAUCUACACCAGCCUGUCAGCACUUGGCAUCCUCAGGAAUACUUCAGACCCUACCCCUUUCCCCAGAAACCCUCAUUACUUGGUCCCCGUCCCCCUUUUUUUCCCUGGGCUCCUGGUCAGCAAUCGUGGAUUCACAUUUCACACUAUAAUAUGAACUCUACAGGGGAUGAACCAAUUAGGAAAAGGAAGAACAUGGAGGGUGACAACAGUGGGAGGAAAAUGUGGCCAAAGCGAUCCUAUCCACCAGCUAAGGACUUCAGUAUUCCUUCAGCACAGGAUUUAUCAGGAUUGACAGCCAGUCCCCAACCAGAGAUCAUAGCAGAAAGUACAACAACGCGGAAUUGGGAGGACUUCAGUCACUUGUACUGUGAGCCACCUGGAGAUAGAGGAAAGUUUGAUUUUUCCGUGUUGUGUUAUAAUAUUCUCUCCCAAGACCUGUUGGAAGAUAACUCAUACCUGUACGACCACUGCCGGCGCCCCCACCUGUUCUGGAACUUUCGGCUGCCCAACAUCCUCAAGGAGAUGGAAGAAAUGAACGCUGAUAUUUUAUGUUUACAAGAAGUUCAGAAAGAUCACUACCAGGAACAAAUCAAACCCAGUUUGGAAGCACUCGGAUACAUCUGUGAGUUCAAGUCUCGCACUGGGAGUAAAUCAGAUGGCUGCGCCAUUUGCUUCAAAUCGGAUAAAUUCAACUUGAUGUUGGUGAAACCAGUGGAAUAUUUCAGACAGGACAUCACUCUUCUAGACCGUGACAACGUAGGCCUGCUGCUAAUGCUACAACCCAAGCUGGAAAAGGAAGCACCAACCAUCUGCGUGGCAAACACCCAUCUGCUGUACAACCCCCGAAGAGGAGACAUAAAGCUCACCCAGCUGGCUAUUCUUCUGGCAGAGAUUACAGAGGUCGCUCAAAUUCAGGAUGGGAAAUUCUGCCCCAUCAUCCUCUGUGGUGACUUCAACUCUGUGCCUGGCUCCCCAUUGCAUAGGUUUAUAAAGGAAGGAAGGCUUAAUUAUGAGGGGAUGACUAUUGGGAAGGUGUCUGGGCAGGAACAAUAUACUUCAGGACAAAGGAUUUUAUCUAUUCCAAUUUGGCCAAAAACCUUGGGCAUCACUCAGAAGUGUGUGUAUGAAGCCCAGAAGAAAAAAGGAGGACCGGAAGAAGCAGCUGUUGGGUACACUUGCAGACAGACCGAGGCAUCCAAUUACAGGGAGCUAUCGAAUCUGAACCACCACUUCAGCCUUUCCUCAGUAUAUUCCCAUGUGAGCCCGAACUCCGGGAUGCCAGAGGUCACCACCUGCCACUCCAGAUCUGCCGUCACUGUGGAUUACAUCUUCUAUUCUGCACACGACAAUGACCCUUUUGCCCAGCCAGGAGUCAGAGUUCCAUAUGGGCUGCAGCUUCUUGGAAGGCUGUCCCUUCUUACUGAAAAAGAUUUAUGGAGUGUCAACGGCCUUCCCAAUGAGACCAAUUCCUCCGACCACCUCUCGCUGCUAGCCAGAUUCCGGCUGGAGGUAUGACAUCUGCCCGCUGGCCCACCAUUUUUAGACACGUUUUCAUUUUUCUUUUAGGAUACAACCUGGAUUCAAGAAUGUUCUGGGUGUAUUAUUUAUUACAGUUUUUAUGACUUGUGUUUUACUUGUACUUUUUAUUGAUUUGUAUUCUGAAUUUUGUGCCAUUUGUAAAAUGCCCCGUGUUAGGGAAGAGAUUGUAAAUAUUUUCUAAUACAAAAUAAUAAUUAAAAAUGUGGAUUAUUUGGC